AUGGCUGUAAUAACCCUACUAUGGAAAUGGACUAUUGUGUGUUUUGUAGGUGUAGGAGUAGGAGGGCGAGGAUUUGGCGGGAAUGGAGUAGAGAAGGUUGAAGCGAGCGAUCGUAUCGGCACGUCCCUGGCGUUCACUCGUGCUUCAGUGCACUCGUGUCGGUGGGCUCGUACUACGGUAGACAAGUUCGUCAGACUCGACGCUGCUGAGUCUAGUGAAGUAGAGUGUACACUCUAUUUUACUGUUGAUGAUGUUGUGUCUCCUGUAUCAGCUUAA